UGGGGACUGGAUAUCCCUUCUUAUCCAAGAUGGCGGCGGGCUGAGUGUAGAACCAUGUCUCGUGCCGGGGUCGAUUCCAGCAGCAAGAAACAUCAUAAAAAUAGUCCUUUGUUAACCUCGGCUAGGAAACGAGAAGCUAACGAAGGGAGCUCACUCUCUGGACGCUAUGAGUCCCAAAAGAGCUAUGGAUCUACGACAAAUCCUAUAAAGAGUGGCGUGGAUACGAAACUUGUCGGUCAUGUAUUACAAGAAAGCGAUACUCUACAGGGACUCGCCAUUAAAUAUGGAGUGCCGAUGGAAGAUAUUAGAAGGGUGAACAAGUUAUGGGCAAGUGACAGCUUGUAUAUUCUCAAAAUUAUCAAAAUCCCUAUAAAAACUGAGUCUGACUUUGCUAGUCUUGGUGAUGAGGAAGCAAACUGUCUGGAGUCAUCGACAGCACCAAUACCAAGUGUUUCUAAAGAACGAAUGAACGUUAUUCAUGAUGCUGCUGAUGAGAAUGGUGAUGAUAUCGAUGGUGCUUGUAUCUCUGUCAAUACAGAGGGCUUCACAUGUGACCUUAAUAAUGGUAAAGGAAAGCCUGCAGGGAAGAAAGAACAAAUAAAAUCAGAUCCAAUGGCCAAGUUCUUGAGUCGACUUGAUUCACAGAUUAUGCAGAAUGUAGAGAAAUCAGAAAAGCUGAUAAAGCAGAGUGGACCCCAAGUUAUUCAAUCUCUGGAAAGAAGGAAUCCCAAUUCACCAUCCUCUGAUGAAGAUCUGUUUAGACCAUUAUCAUAUGGGGCCAGACGGGGGACUCAGGAACCCGCCCCUGCGGCAACAGGACGCUUUGUCAGCAGAGCUAGGUCAAAACUUAACCACACUGAGGACCAGUUUUUUGAGUUAUGACCAUGGUUACUUGUAGGCAGCAGUGUGACAAUUACCAACUAUGCUUAUACAAGAUAUAUAAACCCAAUUAUUCGGGACAUUAAUUCUUUCUUUAUUGUUAGCAAUGGUCAACUGCUGUUCUACAUAAUACAAUACUUUGAGAAUUUGAAUUUUCCAACAGAAACACGAAGCAACCGAGCCAGGGACUAAAAUAGAAAUUAAUAGAUUAUUUUACAGAUUUGACAAGAGCAAAAGAGGUUGGGAAAUGGGAGAAAUAAUGUUGGUCUGAAUGUAAACUUUAAACUAAAGUAUUUUUUGUUUGAAUUUCCAAAACUAUUAAAGAUGCCAUACAAGUUGCAGCAAUACCUUAAGAAGAAUUUCAUCAAAAUAAAUAAAUUCUAAUAUAUUAGCCAAGAAAGUUGACUUGGAGUGAUUAAACUUAAUUUCUUGAAACAAGUGCCUUUCAAAAAAGGGCUAAGGCUUAAUGGAACUGUGAAUAGUGCUGAAACGAUAAUUUCUCAUGUAUAAGCUUUAAUCACUCUAUUGUGUACCAAUUGUAUUUUUAUACGAAAUGACAUUGUUCAAUGAUUAACGGGACUUGGUUAUCGCAAACUCUCAUUGGAAUAACAAAUAUAAAGGUUCCAAUUUUU